AUAGCCAAAUCCAAAAAACCCAACUUCCUCUCACUAUUCGAAAGACUUGGAUUAAAGUUUUCAUCUUUUUGACCAUCUAAAUAAUGGGUAUUCGCUUGCGAUCAAUGUUUCCUAGUGUAAAGCAAAUACUUCAAGGGAAAUAUGUUCUUUCAAGAAAUGAUCAAUCGGAGGUGCCAAGAGGACACCUUGCUGUUUACGUUGGAGAGCAGCAGAAGAAGCGAUUUGUAGUACCAAUAUCUUACUUACGUCACCCUUCUUUUCAAGAUUUACUUAAACGAGCUGAGGAAGAGUUUGGCUUUGAUCAUCCAAUGGGUGGGCUUACAAUUCCUUGCAAAGAAGAUGCCUUCCUUGAUCUAACUUCUAAUUUACUUGCAUCGUCAUAAAGAGGAAGAGUUUUGUAUAUGUACUGAAACAAAUUUCAGUGUCUGAUCUCAGUUUUGUAUUAUCUUUCAUUUUUGGUAGAAAGAUAAUUAUUGGUUUAAUUAGUAUAAUUAAUUAUAUUCGACACUACAGCUUUUUAUAA